AUGGAGUUCGCCAUGGGGGCCAUUGGCUCCUUCCUCCCCAAGCUCGGCGAGCUUCUUGGCGACGAGUACACGCUUCAGAAGAGCGUGAGGAGGGACUUCGCGUAUCUCCAGAGGGAGCUGCAGAGCAUGCACGCUGCCCUGAGCGUGGUGGCGGCGGUGCCCCGGGAGCAGCUCCAGGAGCUGGACAGGCUUUGGGCCAGCGAUGUCAGGGAGCUGUCCCAGGACAUAGAGGAUGUUAUUGACACCUUCCUCGUUCGCAUCGAGGGCCCUGCAUCUGAGCCUCAGCUAGCAUCUAACCCCAAAUGCUUCAAGGGCCUUCUAGUGAAGAUGGCAGGCCUGCUCAAGAAAUUCAGGGCUCGCCAUCAACUUGCCACCGCCAUUAAAGACAUCAAGGACCAGGUGCACGAAGUGGCCAACCGAGAUGGAAGGUACAGGGGUCCUCAUGGUGUGGUUGCUAGUCUAACUGCCGCUGCUACCACACGGGUCACGACCACCGUCGAUCCUCGCCUGAUAGCUUUGUAUGGAGCCCAGAAAAACAUUGUUGGCAUUGCUGAUGCAAAGGCUGAGGUUAUGACGAAGCUCUUUGAAGGGGAUGAUGUAUCCAGGAAACAACUCAAGAUACUCUCGAUCGUUGGAUUUGGUGGAUUGGGUAAGACAACUCUUGCUAAUGCAGUUUAUAGUGAGCUUUCAGGGCAAUUCGAUCGCAGGGCAUUUGUGACAGUGUCUCGGAAUCCUGAUGUCAAAAAGGUCCUCAGGGAUCUUCUGUAUGAACUUGAUAAUCCAAAGUUUCGUGAAUUGAGUGGAGCAACGCAGUUGGAUGAAAGACAGCUCAUCGAUCAACUCAGAAAUUCACUUCACACCAUAAGGUAUGGCAUUUGUGUUAGAUGCACACUUCUAGUGUAA